GUGUCUGUCUUUCGUAAGCAUACUUCUCUGCAGUCUUCCUGCUCUGUGCUUUAGCUCCCUACCCGCUGCAGAGGAGCAGCUCCCCUCGGGUCCGUCCGCAAAAACCCGGCACUGCUCGCUGCUCCUGGAGGAGCCGUCAUCCCCUUGGAAAGGUCACCAUGGACAUAAUUUACCUGCGCAUACCCCUGGCCCUCCUACUUCUCCCUCUUGUGCUUGGGGCACCCACUGAUGAACCCAACCUCACAGAACCAGCCUCUGGUACUUGCAAGCGCUGUUGUGACCCACUGGACUCUUCCACAGAUGACCCACAGCUCCCCCCGAGGCACCAUCACUUGCCCUACCCAGUGCCGGAGGUCCGUCCCUAUAUCAAUAUCACCAUACUGAAGGGAGAAAAAGGAGACCGGGGAGAGCCUGGGAUGCCAGGGAAAUGGGGCAAAGAAGGACCACGAGGUGAGAGGGGAGCCCAGGGCCAGAAAGGCAGCAAAGGACAGAUGGGCUUAGCAGGAGACCCGUGCAAGCAUCAAUAUGCUGCAUUCUCCGUCGGUCGCAAGAAAGCACUGCACAGCAGUGAGGGCUACCAGGUCUUGAUCUUUGACACUGUCUUCGUCAACCUCUACAGCCACUUUGACAUGUUCAAUGGAAAAUUCUACUGCUAUGUUGGUGGACUUUACUAUUUCAGCCUCAAUGUCCACACCUGGAACUUCAAGGAGACCUACAUGCACAUCAUGCACAAUGAAGAAGAGGCAGUCAUCUUGUAUGCCCAACCCAGCGACCGCAGCAUCAUGCAGAGCCAGAGCCUCAUGCUAGAGCUUCAGGAAAACGAUGAGAUCUGGGUGAGGCUCUACAAGCGAGAGCGGGAGAAUGCCAUUUACAGUGAUGAUGUUGAUGUGUACAUCACCUUCAAUGGGUACCUGGUCAAGCCCAGCAUUGAGUAACUGCCUCUCCUCCUCCUUGAGGCCUCUAUGGCCUUUUCCUUCUUUUUUUCUCUCUCUCUCUCUCUCUCAUUACUGCCCGCAACCACUGCAAAUCACUUAGAAAUGGGCCUGUCAAGUCUCAGGCACUGAGUGUGAAACUUGCCACACUGGCUCCCACCUCACGCUCUCUUGUAGUCAGGCCUGUAUCUGUCCACUUACAGUGUGACACUACCAUCUCUUGCCCCCUUCCUCAUGACCCCAACUUUGGUUAUUGGCUUCUUCUAACUCUGCCAGUGAGCUGUGUCUGGCAUUCUGGGUCCUAGAGCAGGAGGAAAGCUGAAGUGCUGCUCUUGGGGAUGCAUCCCUCCUUGGAGCUUUAUACACAAAAGGCUGCUGUAGAAAGGGCUAGAAAGUCCCCACUGCUGGGUGCAUCCUGGCUUCUCUCCGUCCCAACUAGGCACGCCAGUUUUGCAGCCUGCAACACAGCUUUAAUGUCACCUCUCACACCUAUAAACCGGAGCAUGGACUGGGUUCUGAUGACCUCCUGUAGCACAAGAAAGAUGUGGGACUGGUGAGAGAUGAUACUGUCUUUCUAAAAAGGGGACUGAUGGCCUUCUGAAGUAUGGCAUUGGCUUUCCUUAGACACUCUGCUAGGUCACAGUGUCCAGACUGGCUGUAAAGUCUAGGCCUGGUGGCAUUGUACUCCUCUGUGCCAACUCUGGUUCUUUGGAGAGGUGAAGGGGCAGACACUCAGCCAGGCCCUUCAGAAGCAUCUGCCAUUGAGUCAGUAGAGUCCACCACUCUAUUUCCACUAGGGAUCAUAAAUACAAAACAAAAGAGAAAGACAACCCUACCAUACUUCCCUCCUAAACCUCCCCUGGGGUGCUACUCGGUCUCAAUUCCCCAGUAGUGGGAAGCUAGUCCAGACAGUAAGCUUGAAUCUGCUUGUCUCUGGCAGAUGUACCCCCAUGGCCUUCUACUAGUAUCACCAGUCACCCCUGACAUUUACUGAUGCCUCCUGCAUGCUAUUACAGUGUCCUCCUGAAGGUGGUUCUCCCACACUGGUAUUGAGGGACUGCUGUUUCAGAACUUGAGCUGGAGGCUGUAGGGGCAAUCACUGCUAAAUCAGUUCCACAUCUGGUCAGGUUGGCACUUCUUUGCCUCUGUGAUGGAUCAGAGAGAGAGGUGAGACUACAGCACCUCACCCCCAGGGUGAAAAGUCUUUCCUGCCAUUUGGUCUGUGCCCUUUUCUGGCAACCUCAUCAGAGCAAUGGAGAAAAACAUGGCUAAAACAAACUUUCCCUUUUCACUAGGUUGUAAAUAUCACAGUAGGAAAGGAAUGUCAACGGUAGGUUUUUCUAGUACCAUUUUUACUGGUCUCACAUCCCUCUGGGAUUGCUGUUAUCCUGGGAGGAGCAGGUGAGGCUGACUCAGCACUUUGGGAAACCUAUAUCCACGUGUUGUGGUGCUCCAUAAACAUCAAUGCCAAGAGUUGUCUCUUUUUUGAGUCUCAAUACAGCAUGUAUUGAGAAACUGUGAAACUGUAUUGAGAAACUGAGAAACAAGCAGGAGAAACUGUAUUUCUCCACUGCCCACCACUGAUAAUGAAGUCUUUUGACUUAUCUAGUUCCUGCAGUCUCAUGAUUAGCUGUAAUCUCUGCCUGGGACUUCCAGAGCUCUCCCAUAGGAGAUAGUCAUUGUUUUUCAGGACUAGGUCCAGUACACUCAGCCCAGGCUGGCAAAGGCAGAGGGACCCAGGAUAAAUGUUAAAAAUGAACUUGAGAAGAUUUCUGGACAUUUUCUCUCUUACCCUCUUCACUUACCCUCCCUGCUUUGCUAAGGAAGCUGUAUAGACUGGAAUGAAUUUCAGGCACUUUCUGCCCUGGAUCCUCCCCACCACUGUCACUUGAGGCAGUGGGUAUAACAGCAAGGUUUCACUGAGGCAAAGCUGGGUUUUUCCCAGGCAAACAUGUGAUGAUGGGAUCAUGGGAAUGAAAGGAGACUGUGAGUUUCUUCCCCUCCCUUAGUAGGUCAAGCACGUGGAAUUGCUCAGUGGCAGGAUUUCAGGACAUAGCAUGCCUGAAAGCAGCAUGCUGGAGGAGAUGCUCAGGUCCAAAUCCCUUUCUCUCUUCCUCAACUGGCUGCAAACCCAGGCAUUGUCUAUUGACAGUGUAUAGUGCCCUCAUGUCCCACUGGAGAGAAAAAAGCCUCUCUAAAACACAGUAUCUCCAGAAACAAGCUUCCUUCUUCCUCCUUUUCUCUUUGGUGUUUGAAUGCCAGUGACAGGUCUCCUGAGCAGCCAGAUGGUGCCUGAUGCACAUGAGAGAGGACGGCAGGGGGACCAAAGGGUGUGUUUAACAGGCUUCUUGGUGCUAAACAAGAUGGCAAACCCUUGGUGCUAAAUCAGAUUUCAGGAGUAUUGAGUGCUUUCUGGAAGGUGUAGUAGGCUGAGUUGUAAUGUACUGUGGAAUUAAUGGUGCUUUAUGUUACAAAACCAAACAAACUCCAAGAACUUUUGUAUAUAUAUUAUUUUUUUCAGUGGUAUUAAACUUUUUUCGCUGGUUGUUUUUGCACUUA